CACUCCCCCGUGACUCCUAGGCUCCCCCCCAGUCCCCGUCUUCUCGCAGACUAGACAGACACCCGCCUGCCUGGUCAUACUACUAAUCACUCCGUGGCUGGGUGAUUCUAUUGGUCCUCCUUCACCUUCGUUGGGUUUUCGUUCAGAGCGGUAUCAGAUAUGGGUGACACUACUGCCACUGCGGAGGGCAGGUUCCGCAACAUCAGGGUAUACUGGUUGGCCUUCAUUGUGUACUGGGGUAUCCUCUUGUUCGGUUAUGAUACCGGCAUCGGCGGCGGUGUAGUCAGCGCGCCCUACUUCCUCGAGUCCUUCGGGCUCAUCGAGAACGGCGUCAAAGACGUCAAGAAAUCCGACGAAGUCUCCGGCAACGUCGUCGCCGUCCUCCAGGCAGGCGCCUUCUUCGGUGCACUCAGCAGUGCCCCCGUCUCCUCACGCUUGGGACGACGGAAUACCUUGUUCGCUUUUACCGUGAUCUUCACCAUUGGUGCUAUCCUCACCACCGUCGCUGCUGGACCGCCACAUGGUCUUCCCCUGAUCUACGCCGGACGAGUCCUCGGAGGCUACGGAAUCGGUGCUAUCUCAGCUGUAUCCCCAGCAUACGUCUCCGAAUGUGCUCCUAAAGAAGUUCGUGGCCGUAUCACCGGUCUCUUCCAAAUCAUGGUGUCGAUUGGUGUUAUGAUUUCGUAUUUCGUCAAUUUCGCCAUUGGUUUACACGUCCCCACCGGAGUCAACGUUUGGCGUAUUCCAUUCGGUGUGCAGCUGAUCCCCGCGGGUAUCAUGGUAUUGGGUCUCCUGACCGUCAAAGAAUCCCCUCGAUGGCUCGCCUCAGUCGGCAAAGACGAACAAGCACUGAAGAAUCUGGCCUACCUCCGCCGCGCACCCAUCGACUCUCCCGCCAUUCUCGAAGAAUUUGCAGAAAUUCAAGCUGCUAUCCAGGAAGAAAGGGAAGCGAGGGCUGGUCUUGGGUUGAAGGAGGCGUUUUUGGGCAAAGGGAAUUUCAUCCGAUUUGUUAUUGCUUUUGUGAUUUUCCUGUUGCAGCAGUGGGCUGGACAGAACUCGAUCAAUUACUACGCUCCGCAGAUCUUCGCAUCCAUCGGCUUUGUAGCGCGCAAGAACUCGCUCCUCGCCAGCGGCGUCUACGGUAUCAUCAAAGUCGUCGCCACCGCCAUCUUCAUCUUCUUCGGCGUCGAGACCAUCGGUCGUAAACUCUCUCUCCUAAUCUCCGCUCUGGGCAUGGGAUCCCUGUUCUUCAUUAUCGGCGCGAUUCUCAAGACGCACCCGCCGCCAUCGACGAAUCCGAAUGUUGCCCCUCCCGAGCCGUCGGCUGCUGCCAAGGGCAUGGCGGCGAUGUUGUAUAUUUAUGUGUGUUUUUAUAGUAUUGGGUGGGGACCCCUCCCGUGGGUGUAUGUCUCUGAUAUCUUCCCGACGAGGACGAGGCACUAUGGGUUGGCCACUGCCAGUGCUUCUCAAUGGCUUUGGAACUUUGUUAUCUCCAAGGUCACUCCACAGCUUUUGACGGCCCUGGGAUUCAAGAUCUUCAUGAUGUUCGGCGCUAUCAACGUUGGUGCUAUGGGUCUCUUCUCUGCCCUCAUCCCCGAAACCAAAGGCAAGAGUUUGGAAGAGAUGGACAUCAUCUUCGGCUCCAUCUCCGCUGAAGAGCGUAACGAGAAUAUCAGGAAGGUGCAGAGGGAGCGUGGGGAGCAUGUACAUGAAGAGGGCUCUGAAAAGACUGAGAGUGUUACACGGAAGGAGGUUGCUUGAAUAGAAGCAGCUUGGACGCGUUUGGAGGAGGACGUUUAGUUGGGAAAGGACGGUCGGUCAGGAGAGACGUUCGGUUGGGAGUGGAUGGUCGGUUGGGUAGAGCACGUUCGGUUGGGAGAGGCCGACGGAAAACCGCUUCAGGUGAUGAUUUUUGGAAUGAGCGUAAUGCCCUUGACGACGUCGCUUUUACGUGGCGAGUGUGUUUUGCUUUUUUGUUUUGCGUGUAUUUUAAUGAUUUGCUUUGGAAUUUGACUUUCAUGAC